GCUCGAUCAGUUGCUUCACUUGCAAAAUUCACCAUCAAGACUAUUCCUAGCUUGCAGCCUUCCUCAUUCUUUCAAUUUUCUAUCAUUUUUUUCUCUCCCUCUUUCUCUCUAGAAAAGGAGAAGAAAAAACUCCAAAACCUCGUCAUUUAAGCUCAAGACCUUCAUAGUCUCAUAGAGAUCAGGUUGAAUAUUGUUAGUAUUCUUCCAUACGUACGUCUAACUUCUACAUUUUCUUUGAUUGAUAGUCUACAUCUUAAUCUCAUUCUUCCAUUUCCUUCUGUUUAUAAUUUAUUUGGUUUUCUUCCUCCAUCUUGAAGUAGAUAGCUAGAAACUAUAGAAAAGGUUAUAUUUGUUGACUGUGUAAAGGCUUCAAGCCAUGCCCACCAUCAACCUGCAUCAUUACUGCUGAGUUUAACAAGCAUCCAAAGCUCUAAUACUCGCCAAAGGGUCCAAAGAAUCCAAGAAAAAAGCAGCUUCCCGGCCAGUUCCCAAUUCAUUAUAUAUAUAUAUAUAUAUAGAGAGAGAGAGAGAGAGAGAGAGAGAGAGAUGAAUAAUUCAUUUUCAAGAAACUUGGUGAUGAGGUACAAGGAGUGCCUGAAGAACCAUGCAGCGGCAAUUGGCGGGAAUGCGACCGAUGGGUGUGGAGAGUUCAUGCCAAGUGGAGAUGAAGGCACCAUGGAAGCCCUCAAGUGCUCAGCUUGCAACUGCCACAGAAACUUCCACAGGAAAGAGACAGAAUUAUCUGAUUACCACCCCUCUCCAUUAAUAGGGCACCCUACAAAAACCAUGAUAAUGUCCUACAAAAGUGGGUCGGUCGUCCCCUCAGAGUCUGAUGAUUAUGGAAGUGGUGAUGUGGCAAUUAGGCCAGCUGCGAUCAUCAGAAAGAGGUUUAGAACCAAGUUUACAAAAGAACAGAAGGAAAAGAUGUUGAGCUUUGCGGAGAAGGCUGGGUGGAGGAUGCAGAAGCUAGAAGAAUCAGUUGUGCAGCAUUUCUGCCAGGAGAUUGGGAUCAAUAGGAGAGUCCUCAAGGUGUGGAUGCAUAACAACAAACACAGCCUUGCAAACAAGAACUCCAGUAGCUAGAUUACCCACUCGAUCUCAUACAUCUAUUAAUUUCAUUCCUGUUGAUGCAUGCAUUCAUUUCCCACUUACUUACUGUAUCUUCAUAUUAAUUUUACUUGUAGUAAUAUUAUUUAGUAAACUGAUAUACAA